AUGAACACUUACUCAGUCAAUCAAGUACAGUCCGUUGAAUAUUACUCAAUGGGUGCAGAUAAUAUUGCUCCCGCCAACAGUAACCCUGCUCAGUUGUCCUUAGUUGAACCAAAUGCUGAACAAUCCCAACACGUCGUUAUCAAACAAGAAGAUAUUACUCAAGUCUCCCCUCCCGACAGCUCAAAAGAACACAGUCCAACACCCUCAAUUUCGAAAACAACAUACACUUGUCACGAAUGUGGCAAAAGGUACAAACACCGAAACUGUUUGGUCAAACAUUUGUGGGAACAUCACGAAAGCUGGGAACUAUGUCUCAAGUUCAACUUGACUAAACACCAGCAGGUACAGAUGAUGGAGGCUGCGCAAAUCCUCGUUGAUCUUGCAUGUAUAAAACAACAUUAA